AAACGGAUGCCUUGUGAAUGGAAAGAAGCAGUGAUGGCCGUUUCAUCGCUAGAAAGGCAUUUAAGAAAAGUACUUCUAGUCUAGUUUAGCGCCGAACUGAUGCGAUACCUCGUUUAUUCCAGUUUCUGCCUGUCAUCGGUUGGAUGUAGUUGCAGUUGCCCAGAAUGACCCAACCUCGACCCAACGAGUUUAUUCCACCGCCGGAAUGUCCUGUGUUUGAGCCUAGUUGGGAAGAAUUCGACGACCCGUUUGCGUUUAUCAACAAAAUACGCCCCAUUGCAGAAAAUACUGGUAUUUGUAAGAUCAGACCACCGCAGGGGUGGCAACCACCAUUUGCCUGUGAUGUGGACCGAUUGCAUUUCACCCCACGCAUACAGAGGCUCAAUGAAUUGGAGGCUCAAACCAGAGUGAAACUCAACUUUUUGGACCAGAUAGCCAAGUUUUGGGAGCUGCAGGGUUGCACAUUGAAAAUCCCUCAUGUAGAGCGCAAAUCUCUUGACCUGUAUCAGCUCUACAAGUUGGUGAUGGAGGAGGGCAGCUUUGACAUUGUCUGCAGGGAAAGGAAAUGGACCCAGAUCGCACUGAAGAUGGGCUUUUCUCUUGGCAAAUCUGUUGGAUCUCACUUGCGUGCUCAUUAUGAGAGGAUUCUCUAUCCUUACUACCUUUUCCAGACGGGGGCCAACCUUCUGAACUCACAGAAACCCACUCUUACAAAUGAUACCAAAGAUAAGGUAUAUAAAUCUCAUGACUUGCCUCAGCGACAGUCUGUACAGCCUGCAGAAAUCUCCACCAUUGCCCGCAGAGCCAAACGGUCUAAAAUCUCAUUAACGGGUCACUGUUUCAAAAAUGAGCAGGAGGAAGCAUGUGAAAACAGACCCAACCUAAGAAGGCGAAUGGGCUCUUAUGUGGCAAAACCAGAAGCAGUGACAAGCUUUCCAGUCCACCUGAAACAGGAGCCUAUGGAACAAGUUGAAUCAAUGCCUAACGGAGAAACAUCAAAGGUGGAACAGUACAUGUGUUUGGUGUGUGGGGGAGGCGGUGAUGAAGACAAGCUGUUGCUGUGUGAUGGCUGCGAUGACAGCUACCACACAUUCUGUCUAAUUCCACCACUUCAUGAUGUCCCCAAAGGGGACUGGAGAUGUCCCAAGUGCCUGGCGCAGGAGUGUGGCAAGCCUCAGGUUGCAUUUGGCUUUGAACAGGCGCCCAGAGACUACACACUCCGCUCCUUUGGAGAUAUGGCAGACUCCUUCAAGUCGGACUAUUUCAACAUGCCUGUGCAUAUGGUCCCGACUGAGCUGGUUGAGAAGGAAUUUUGGCGUUUAGUUAGCACCAUUGAGGAAGAUGUCACAGUAGAGUAUGGGGCAGACAUUGCCUCAAAGGACUUUGGCAGUGGCUUCCCUGUCAGGAAUGGUCCUUUUAAAGUUCCAUCCGAUGAAGAGCAUUACCUCAGCAGUGGCUGGAACCUGAACAACAUGCCAGUGUUGGAUGCAUCUGUGCUGACUCACAUCACAGCUGACAUAUGUGGGAUGAAGCUGCCAUGGCUCUACGUGGGCAUGUGCUUCUCCUCUUUCUGCUGGCAUAUUGAGGAUCAUUGGAGUUAUUCUAUAAAUUAUUUGCACUGGGGAGAGCCAAAGACCUGGUAUGGUGCUCCUGGCUUUGCAGCAGAGCAGUUGGAAGCAGUGAUGAAGAAACUUGCCCCAGAGCUCUUUGAGACCCAGCCAGAUUUGCUCCAUCAGUUGGUCACAAUCAUGAACCCAAAUGUGCUAAUGCAGCAUGGAGUCCCUAUUUACCGCACAAACCAGUGUGCUGGUGAGUUUGUCAUCACCUUCCCCAGAGCGUAUCACAGUGGGUUCAAUCAGGGCUUUAACUUUGCAGAGGCUGUUAACUUCUGCACAGUAGACUGGAUGCCACUUGGUCGACAGUGUAUAGAGCAUUAUCGCUCAUUAAACAGAUACUGUGUUUUCUCCCAUGAUGAGAUGGUCUGUAAUAUUGCAGCCAAAGCAGACAGCUUAGCACUGGAGCUGGUCUGUGCCAUACAGAGGGACAUGAGUGUUAUGAUUCAGGAGGAGAAAGAGCUGCGAGAAAAAGCCUACAAGCUGGGUGUGUGGCACUCUCAACAGGUGGACUAUGAUGAGCAGCCAGAUGAGGAGAGGCAGUGUUAUAAAUGCAGGACAACCUGUUACCUCUCUGCCAUCACUUGUCCCUGCAGCCCUGGCCAGCUUGUGUGUUUACAUCACCUCCAGGACUUCUGCUCCUGUACCCCUAACCAUUAUAUGCUGAAUUAUAAGUACACCUUGGGCAUGUUGAAUCAGAUGUUCAAGACUUUGACAGCACAUGCUGAGUCAUACAGUGACUGGGCUUGUAAAGUUAACAAAAUUUUAAAGGCAGACCAAGAAAAUAAAAGUGAUUUGGAGGAACUUCGUGCACUGAUUGUGAAAGCAGACAAGAUGAUUUAUCCUGAGACGGAUCUGCUACUCCAUUUACGGCAGACUCUUCAGGAUGCAGAAAAGAGUGCCUUAAUGGCCCAGCAGCUACUCAAUGGAAAGAGACAGACCAGGUAUCGCUCAGGUGGCGGGAAAUCUCAGAAACAUCUCACUGUAGAAGAGUUGAGGUUAUUUGUACAGCAACUAUAUGACCUGCCCUGCACCAUUAGACAGGCCCCUUUUCUUAAGGCUCUGCUUAACCGUGUCAGACAGUUCCAAGAACAGAGUUCAGAGCUCCUGGCCAUAGAGAUGCCCAGCUCCUCAGCCCUGCAAGCUGUGCUGGAUGAAGGCUCUGGGCUAGAGGUAGAGUUGCCAGAGCUCGAUGUACUCAGGCAGCGCCUGGAGCAGGCACGAUGGGUUGAGGCAGUACAACAGGCCAGCAAAGAGCCUACCAGCCUCAGCCUGGAACGCAUGAGGAAACUGAUUGACCAAGGCGUGGGUCUGGAGCCUCACGCCUGUGUGGAGAGAACCAUGGCUCACUUGCAAGAACUGCUUACUGUGUGUGAGCACUGUGAGGAGAAGGCACACAGCAUGCUAAUGGCCAGACCUCACCAAAAUUUAGAAAUGCUGGAGGCAGUGCUGCUGGAAGUAAAUAGUAUCCAGGCUUACCUGCCCAACUGUCUCCAACUGCAAGACUCCAUUAUCAGGGCUAGGGAGUGGAUACAGGAGGCAGAAGCCCUACAGCUCGGAGGGCAUAUCCCUGUUUUGUCUUCUUUGAAUGAUCUGGUCUUAAAAGCUAAAGGCAUACCAGUCUUGCUGGAACCUCUGGCACAGCUGGAAAGCCAGGUGUUAGAAGUGCAGGCCUGGAAGGAGAGUGCAUCCAAAAUGUUUUUAUUGAAGUACUCUUCUCUGUCCCUCCUGGAGGUACUGUGCCCCCGGUGUGAGACAGCGUGUCAGAAAUCAAAAGCAAAAAGAGUGAGAGAUGUUCCUCCAGCUGUUAAAAAUGGCAUAAAACUAGACUAUCUUGCUGAUGUGGAAAGAGCUGUCUCUGAAAGCAAAGACACAGCUUUAGCGAUGGCUACUCUGUGUGGGAUGCGUUUGAAGGAGCUGGAGAAUCUGAAUAUUCUAAGGACCGCAAACAAUGCAAAGUUUCUGCCCACAGAUGACUUGGCUCCUACAGUGUGCCUAUGCCAUACAGUACCAGCAGGCCCCAUGCUCCAGUGUGAACUCUGCCAUGAUGCUUACCACAGUGGUUGUGUGCCAGGGUACCAAGAUACACAGGCAGGGCAGCCUUGGCUGUGCCCACUCUGCAGCCGAUCUGAGAAACCUCCUCUGGAGAAGGUUCUGCCCCUGCUUGCCUCUCUCCAGCGUAUUCGGGUACGGCUCCCAGAGGGUGAUGCGCUACGUUUUAUGAUUGAGAGGACAGUGCGCUGGCAGCACAGGGUGCAGCAGGUCUCACCUUUUACACAGCACUUUAAUAGAAAAAUAAGAUCUUUCUCUGGAAAGCCGCCUUCUCUGUCCCUAGAUGGGAGUAACAGGUCCUUCUACAUGCACCAUUCAUGCAUUCCUCUCCAUGCUCUUAGUCCUGAACUAGAUGAGUUGCUUGUGGAAGGACUCCUUCUACAGGUGACUUUGCCUGAGCUGCAGCAUCUCUACCAGGGGUUGCUCAGCAGGUUCUUUCCCUCUCAGCAUGCACUACAGAGCAGCAAGCAUGACCACCAGUACCACAUUGCACAGGACAGUAACCUAACUUACAAAAACCCACCCCAAAGCAAGAUCCAGGAUUUAGAUUUAGAGUUGCACAAAGACACUGAGAAGCUAGAGAAGAACCCCAAGAGGCACUUGGAAAAGGAGACCUCUGAUGUGCAGGAAAGAGACACUGUUAAGAAACCCAGGAAAAAGAAGUCUGGCACAAAUCAGGAGAGGAGACAUGAAAAAAGAACCAUCUACUCUGGUUUCAGUUCAGACUCACCCUUUUCUGAGGAGGACUGGUCUGUGUGCUCGGCAAAACUAUGUCAGCAGCCAGAGGGAAAUGAGGUAAACUGGGUUCAGUGUGAUGGGAACUGUAAUCAGUGGUUCCACCAAAUUUGUGUGGGUGUGUCUGCUGAGCAGGCUGAAAAUGAAGACUACAUCUGCAUCAACUGUUUAGUAAAAUAAUUGGAUACCAUAAGGACUGAAACUCUUUGGAUAAACAAGUUAGAUUACUGUGUACUGUAUGUACCAGAUUUUUCUCCUGGCCCUCAGAAGUCCCAGGCAGUCCUCCUUAUGUUGGCACUAUAGGACUCAACUAGUACCAUUUUGUUUUUCUGGCCUUUUUCAUCUUGUCUAGAGGACAGGAUGCAAAGAUGUACCUCAGGUAUUUCUAUCCAAUAAAUAUAAUGUAGCAAGACAUCGAUUUUUCCCAAAUGUGAAAUUGGAUUGCUUCUUUCACAAUGUUACCUCCUACCAUGUUAACUAAUCUUUAUACUAGGUUCCAUGGCUGUUUUUCAUCAAAUUAAUCUAAUUGGUCUCAAGAGAAACCUAUGAAUUUAUUUUGGAAAAAUGUAUUUGGUACAUGUCUCAUACAUAUUUAUUUAUUCCAGCAAUAACUAAGCUGGUUACCGGAUUUUCUUCAGCUUUAUUUGCUUUGAUCAGUUUCUCCCAUUACUAAAAGUUGUACAGAAUCCUGAUCUAGGUUGUCGAAGUGAUGUAGCAGAAAGUAGUGUGAACUAUUCUUUGUGACCUUUGCUGUUUCUUUAUAAAUAAACAAUAUUGGAUGUUCAUUGUGGAAUAAAAUGGUUUGUUCUCA